AUGGAAAGACGACGCUUUGAGAUCGACGCCGAUCUGUACGCAACAUAUUGCGCUACAGCAACGAUAAUGCCUCCAGACCGGGGAGCCGGAGAAAGCAAACAGCCUGACCCCGGUCGCCUCCCCUCAUCCAUCAUCACGAUUAUCACCACCAUACCCAUCAUCAUCACCGUCAUCGUCUUCCGUGACCACCACUGUCGCUCGACGCACUGCCGUCUACCGUAG